GCUCAGAAGGGAAUGAGCAAGGACCAGGUGGAUUUAGCUAGUCUGCAUUCGGCCUUGGAGUCCGAGGCGGGCGAGCGGGAGGUGAAAGAAGGGCUGGAAUGGACGGUUGAAGAGGUCUGGGUGGACAAGGGCACGACCGAGGCUACACUGGCCGUUGUUAUCAAGGACGGCCGACUGCUAGCCAUUGCAAUGCAAGGGCAUGACGUUUCGCUCCUCAGAAUCCUCACAUCCACAUGCCACACAGCAAUUUCGGCGCCCCUCUUCACUCGACGUGAGAAGAUUUCCCGGAAUCCCCACAGGAAAUGAAAACGAAGACGAGCAUGAAGAGGACGAGAUCUCCUACCACAACCCACUAGGACUAGAAGUUCGAAAGACGCGUACGGCCGGACGAGGGGUUUUUGCGCCAGGAGAUAUCCCGGCGGGAACAAUCCUCGAAGAAUCACCGGUGUUGAUAUUGACUCAGCACGAGUGGGAGCAAGGCAAACUGAACGACGGAGUUCUGGGCGGGUAUGCGUUUAACUGGAGUAAUGGCGGGAUGGCGGUCGGACUCGGGAUAGCUUCGAUGUUUAAUCAUUCUCCCAAACCCAAUGUCAACUUUAUUCGCCGGGCUCCGACAAGCAAGUCGCCCGACGUAUCACCCGCCAUGGUGUUCAUGACUUGUCGACCGGUUCGCAAGGGCGAGGAACUCUUUAUCUGUUACGGACAGGAAUCGAAAUUGUGGUUCUCGCCGGAUUAUGGGAAAGCAGUGGCGGAGAGCACGCGGGGUUACGAGGAAGAGGCCGCGGAAGCUGCCGAUGCCUUUCUGAGCGGGUUUGAAGGGCUGGCAGCGGAUACAGAGGAAGAUGUGGAGCACGAACCGACGAGAGCUCCUCUCGAUGUGCAGCUUGUCGAUCCACCAGAAGCAGUCAUAGAAUCUUCACUGGCCAACCUGACAGGAACAGAAGCGACAUCCGAGAACAUCUUCUCAGAGCUGAACGUUGAGCAGGACAAUCUCAAAGACGAGGAUGAGGAAAAGCGAGCUCGUAGACGGGAAAAGAAGGCGCUCCAGGACGAAAAGACUGCCAAGUAUCAGCACAAAAAAGCCAUUAGAAAGGCGGAUAAGAGCGCGACGACAUCCGCACAGUCAGAGGUUCAACUCGCACCGCCCGUUAUGACUGAUGCAUCAGCCCAGUUGGAGGAGCCGUCGUAUCAAGCGGCUCUGCAGGCAAUGGACUUGGCACCCGCCAUCAUAGUUUCUGUAAAAGACGUCGAAACUAUCAAAGCAGAAGAGGUGGGACAAGACGAAUUUGAAGGCGAAUUCGGAUUUGCGGGUUGGCGAUCGGUCAAGAGAGUGCCAGGGCUAUCCGAGGGGGGAGAGCCAGCACUGGAUUCUACUCUCGAAAUAUGGGCAGCCGACCUGCCAGCUCAGCUAAUUGGGAAGUUGUCGCAAUACAUUCGUAACCGGCAGCUAGUCGAAGACGAAUUGUCGCAUCUGAGACGGAUCUACAAGAAUCUAUCGGCUGGUACGACAUUGAUCGCCCUAUACUUGACAUCAAAGAAAUCCAGAACCGAGGUACAGGCGGAUCUGGCCGAUUACGACUCAGAACUUUCUGACCUGAAGCUAGUGCAAAAGACUGUUCCCGCCCGCGCGGCUCACAGCAUGAAAGAGGUCGAACAUUUGCGCGCCCUCUGGCCAGUCGCACUCAGGCAACGGCCCAUCGUGGCCUCCGACUUACCAUGGUCUGCUGACCGCAAAGCAUGGGUCAAGAACGGGAUGCAGAUAGUGAUCGACUUGGCGAAGCGGAAUAGAGCUCAGGGCGAGCUUCCGGUUGCAGUCUACGCUGCCUCGCCGCCGCUGGAAGCGCAGCUGAAUGAACCCGACGCAAUACCUCCUACUCCCGACAUUAGGGCGUCGGGAGUCGACACGCGUAAAGCGGCGCGGCAUCCUCUGCGACAUGCGACAAUCAGCUGCGUGACCGAGAUCGCGAAACUUCGCACGGUUUCACCCUUUGCCGACAUUCAAGCCACCAGAAACGGCGCGGGUUAUCUGUUGACGUCGUUGUCGGUCUUCAUGUCGCACGAGCCUUGCGUCAUGUGUGUCAUGGCACUGGUUCACUCGCGGGUCAAAGAGGUGUUUUACCUGUCUUCAGCGGGAGGCGCAUCGAACGGGGGUGGGUUUGGCGGGAGUUAUCCUGUGCAUUCACACUCAGGGCUCAAUCACCAGAUGGACUUGUUUGAUUGCUCGGAUCUUGUAUCGCAAGCGGACAUCGACGAUAUCACGGUUGCGGACAUCGUGGAUCUCUGAUGAAGACUUGUAUUGUACUACAUCUGAAUAUUGCAGUCUUGCUCAAAGUUGGGUUUCUUGGCGCGUGCGCUCUUUCGUA